AUGGCAAAGCUUCAGUUCCUCGCUGCGCUUGCCUGUGCUGCAGUGGCCGAGGCCUGCAACAAAAACUCAGACUGUGCGAGCAACUGGUGCGACGGCGGCACUUUCUUCUCGUCUGGCCGGUGUAAGCCACGGAGGGCAGAUGGCGAAAGAGCUGUAGGCAGUUGGCCGAGCUACGACUACAACAUCUGCCUUGCCGGGCGUGGUCAGUGCGGUAUAUGUGGCGCUCGGGUUCCGGAUGGUAGCGCCUGCACCGCGAACAGCGACUGCGUGUCGGACUGGUGCGAAGGUUUUGGCAGCUGCAGCGGGGUGUGCAAAGGGCGCAAGGCUGAUGGGACCAGGAUUGUUUGCGACAGCCUCUCUAUUACCACGGGCGGCUGCGAUUACAAUCAAUGCGAAGCCCGCGCAGGCAAGUGCGGAGUGUGCGGGCGCACUGUGGUGGAUGGUUCGACUUGCUCAGAGAAUUCUGACUGCAGCAGUGGCUGGUGCGAGGGUGUCCCAUCAGCCGGCUGUCAAGGCACCUGCCGGCCCAAGAAGGACGAUGGGUAUCGGCUGGAGUGUAAUGACCCCACGAAAGUCACUUCAGGGGGUUGCGAUUACAACCAGUGCAAAGCCUCCGAAGGCAGAUGUGGAGUCUGUGGUCGCAAGGUUCCUACUGGAACUGCCUGUUCCCAGGAAAGUGACUGCGUAAGCAACGUGUGCCGCUUGCCCGCAGGUGUUCUCGGCACUUCUCUGGGCUGUAAUGGUCUGUGCGCCGAGCCCUUGCCUGAUGGGUCUAUGUUGCCACGACUGACGUGGCCCAUCGAUGGAGCAUUCUAUGACUAUUCUGAAUGUUCUUCCAGGACUGGCAUCUGUGGGGUUUGUGGCAAUCGGGCGGGUGAAGGUGCGAAAUGUUCAGCAACAGCAGACUGCGCAGAGGAUCUUUGUUGCGGUGGCCUUCUUGAAGGUCGCAUUUCCGUCAACUGCCAGGGCACUUGCGUCAAAAAGACCCCAAGUGCUUGCCAAAGCUUGGUGGACAUGAGCGCUCUGACCGAAGUGGUGGAGAGUUUCGUGAAGUUCGCUCGAGAUUUCGGCCAGUGCAUGAUCGAGGAGGUGGUUGAACCGUACCUGGAGGACGAGUACGGCUGCAGAUUCAGCGCCUCCCCCCAAAAGAUGACGGCCUCCCUCACCUGCACGCAGCUCGACCCCGAUAGGGCGCGUCGCCUGGCGGCCCGGGAUGAGACGGGAUCCUGGGCCCGGCGCUUUGGCUACGCCGAUGCCAGGGACGCCAGGGCAGCCCGGGAGCUUCCGUCGGUAUACCGACUCGGAGGCCAGCCAGGCCCAGGAGGGCGGCAGCUUUUGGGGAUUGGGUCGGCGGAGGAGCCCUCUACCAGCCAGCUGGGCUGCAGAGAGACCCAGUACUGCAACGCCGGAGCCGUCCUCAGCGUUGUCGCCAGCAUCGACUUCAAGCCGAAAGUCUCCAUCGACAUUGACACCACGGCGAGGACUGCAACGAUCAGCUUGGAGGGGGACGUGACUGGUACGGCCGGGGUCGGGGCCCUUGCCGGCGGCUCCUGCACCUACGAAAAGGAGCUCUUCUUCCCGAGCGCACCGAAGCCUGUGGCCACCUACUGCCUCUAUGCAGUGUGUGUCACUGUCCUGAUUCAAGGCUCUGUUAAGUUGGCGGUCGAGGGGGAGUUACAGGCCACCGCCAGCGCGGAGUACCACACGGUCUACAGGGUCGGUGGCCAGACAACUUUGGAGCUUUCGUCGACAAACCUCGAUCAGAGUGCCAACGCGGCCAUUACAGCAGACCGUGUCAGUGACCACUGGAGCCUGAAUGCAGUAGGUUCGAUGUCAGCUGCAAUCUCGGUAACGGUGGGUCCCGUCGUUACGAUCCUCGUGGUCCCCGGCACUUUUGCCACCUUGCAUCCUUUCGUCAUGGCUCAAGCCUCCCUCUUCGGCACCAUGAAGUUUGAGAAAGCUUCUGCCAGUGAGGCCCCGGAGGGCAUCACAGCCGUCUCCUGGCCCGUCUCCUCUGAGGUCUGCACCGACGAGGCCUCGAAGCAGAGCCUGGCGAAGCGACAGUUCACCCAGCAGAGGCCGGGCACGGAAACGACAAGUUCUGGCAACGCCACCAGCGGACAAGGCUUCACCUUGGCCACCGACCUCCUCGACACCGACGGGCAGUGCUUCGCCGUGGGCUGGAACGCCGUGGUGGGCGUCAGGGCUACGGUUCUCGGACCUCCUCCGGGCCUCCAGGACCUCACCCAGGUUCUGAGCGCGGUCAGCAGCGAGCUGACAGACUCGCUCACGAAGUUCUCUCUAGGAUCCACAGCGGCACUGGGUGCGGUGAACUGUGUUGGCAGAUGGAUUACGGGCGAUGAGAACUUUGACAUGGUGGCAGCCGGCCUGAAUGCUGCAGUUCAGGGACUGUUGGGCAAGAUCCCGACCAGCAGCUUGGAUGAGCUGCCCGUGUUUGAGACCGAGGCCUGCUUUGACAUGUACAAGGCCAGUGUCGGAGAAGGUUGCUUGUGCUCCGUGGGCUGCGCUCGCAGGGAGGAGGAUGCCAGCUGCGCUCCCAAGGAUGGGAGCGCAAACCUCGCGUGUCAGACCGGCGGCACGUUCCUUUGCUUCUUGCUUGCUGCCUGGUCUUCCCUCCUAAGGAGGAUCUGA